AUGCAGAUCCACAACUUGGAAGUAUUAAGCUUUCUGGGCUUUAAAAAACGACAAAAAAAUAUAUCUCUUAGAUGUAUACGAAAUAAUUUGUGUAAAAUAGGAUUGCAUGUAAAAAACUAUUUCUGUCUAAAAAGCAU